GCCAACAUGGCGGCGGCCAAGAUGGCGGCGCCCACCAGCUCGGGCUCUGGGAGCGGUUGGGUCUCAGCGCCUCGUCCCGGGCUCGCUCGAUUCCGGGGUUGUUUGGUCGGAGCGUUGUUGGGUGACUGUUUGGGAGCUGUGUUUGAAGGGAAGAGCGUGGUGAAGCUGCCGGAGUUGCUGCGGUUCCUGAAGGGAUUGGAAACGGUGGAGGAGGAGGAGGCUGGAGAGGCGCUUUCGUACACAGAUGACACGGCCAUGAGCAGGUCGGUGGUGCAGUCCCUGCUAGCCAAGCGAGAGUUCGACGAGGUUGAUAUGGCCAAGAGGUUUGCUGAGGAGUACAAGAAAGAACCUGACAGGGGCUACGGGAUGGCUGUUAUCAACGUCUUCAAGAAGCUUCUGAGCCCCAAGUGCAAUGAUGUAUUUGAACCAGCGAGAGCCCAGUUUAAUGGGAAGGGCUCCUAUGGCAACGGUGGGGCCAUGAGGGUGGCAGGCAUCUCCCUCGCGUAUUCCGACGUCCAGGAUGUUAAAAAGUUUGCGAAGCUGAGUGCUGAGUUGACCCACGCCAACUCACUGGGUUACAACGGCGCCAUCCUGCAGGCCCUGGCCGUGCACCUUGCCCUGCAGGGAAAGCUCAGCAAGGAGACCUUCCUGGAGCAGCUCAUUAGCCACAUGGAAGAUGUCGAGGCAGAUGACAAGUCUCUGACUGACGCCCGAGCGCUGGGAUUUGAGGAUUUACCAUUUUCAAGGCGUCUAAAGAAAAUAAAGGAAUUUCUGGAGCUCAGCAGUGUUCCCAAAGCAGAUGUAUUGUUUGAAUUAGGCAAUGGCAUCGCUGCUUUGCGGUCUGUCCCUACUGCGAUUUACUCCUUCCUGCGCUGUAUGGAAGCUGACCCGGAUAUUCCCGAUCACUACAACAACCUGCAGAGGACCAUCAUCUACUGCAUCUCUCUGGGAGGAGACACAGACACCAUCGCGACCAUGGCAGGAGCCAUUGCAGGGGCCUAUUAUGGGGAGGAGCAGAUACCCCCAAGCUGGGAGCAGAGCUGUGAAGCUUUUCAAGAGACGCUGAAACUGGCCAGUAGCUUGUAUGAACUCUACUGCCAGCGGCUCUGAGCUCCAAGGAGAGCUUGUCUUCUGAAGGCAAAGCAGGUGGUCGCUUCUGCUUUUCUGGACAGAAACGGGGUGGUAGAUCUGCACAGUGAGCCUCUGCCUGGGAAUGACCCUGCUGCUGGGAGCUGGUAACACAAAGAGGGAAGAGAGGGGACGUACCCUUCCCUUACGGUUCAGCUGGGAAGCAGCUGCAGGUGGUGCCUUGGACAGUAGGUGCUUCUCUGAAGCACACAAGAGCAUCAAGUUUCUCAUUUUCUGCUUCUUGCUUUGCCCACCGCUAUGCCAUUUUGUCAGAACAGUUACUAAGUGGGUGUCUGAAUCCGCUGGCUUUCUUGCUGUUUUCCUCCUGUGUGCUGUGACCCUUGUUUCCGUUGUUGUGGCCUGUCCUGCGGUGGCUCUGAAAGGCUCCACCUCCCUCUGGAAACACUGGUGCACACUCAGCUGAAGGAUGUGGGUGGGAGACACCAGAGAGGCCCUCCCUGGAGAGCCUGCGUGGUGGCACGGGUCACCUCCGCACUGGCGAGUGGGGAUGGUGGAGGGGAAUGCUCCCAGGGAGCUCUGCUUCCUUAAAGGCAGAAUGGAAAGUGCCGGAGGGUGGAGAAGGAAUUCCUUUGCGUUGCUAGUGGCAUUAUGAGAAAAGCCUUUGGUGUGUGCAGACAGAAUCCCAGCUGCUCACGGUUACUGCUGGAAGAGGGCGUAACUCAUCGCUGCUCCUUUGGUGUCCUUUGCUCUGCGAUCUACCUGGCACCAUCCUGAACGAUUCCAUUUGAUAUUCCUUCACCUAGCUGGCUUUCACAUUGCUGCAGCUACUUUAGCUACUCCUUCUUUCCUAAUCCACGCAUCCUGUAUUUUUAACGCUGUGCUGUGUAUGUCCAGAGCACCAAGUGAGAUCGGUGUGACAUCUGUGAGCGGAGACAGUUGUGAAACCUGGUGUUAAACAGGGACUGAAUUCCCGAUUCUGCUGCAGUCAGGGACAAAAAUGACUUCAGCAGGAAUUAGGAGUUCCUCACAGCUUUAAAACUCUGUACUUGGUAAUAAUCAUCUGAAAAUAAAGGGAAAGCUAGGUUAAUUGGGGGAGAAUUUAUCAAAGCUUAAAGAAUUUGUGAGUUUGAAGGGGGGGGGUGGCCAAGAACAUUCUAGCAAAGCUAGAAAGACAAGGAAAGGGGCAAGCGGUCAUAUGGAAAUGUGUGUAAAUUUGAAUGUGAUCAUGUAAUGCUCUAUAAUCUCCAGUGUUUGUGACACUGGGAAGCGACUGCUUUGCUCAGCACUCGUUCCGUGUCAGUACCAGCACGCAGUUGGUACCUGUGCUGGGCUGCAUGCGCCGGUGGGAAAUGGGGCAGUGUUGGGACGUCCAGUUUUUCCUUUGUGUCCUACCUUCAAGUGCCAGGCUUCUCUGUGAUGCUUUAAUGGGUUUUCCUUGUAUAAAUGAAUUCCUGACCUGAGAAUAUCUGGAGUUUUGCUUUUGUAUAUUUAUGUGUUGUGCUGCAGAUCUGAGAUGUAAAGUGUCAGGAUUUUCACAUUGUUCUGCUAGAGGUGUGAACAUGCUCACAAAAUCAUCUGAAGUAAGGUAUUUUCCUUUUAAAGCAGCUUUUAACUGUAAAUGUUUGGAGCAGAAGAGCUCCUCUUUGAAAAGCUUAGCUCAUUUUAGGCCGGGAUUUAAAUGUGUACUAAA